UUUAAAAUUCUAUAUGUUGUAGAUAUCAACAGCAUCUCUCUUAUGAUAAAAACCCCACCUUUAACACUUAAACCUGUGUAUUUAAUAAUAAAAGAAUAAAGCGUGUAAAUAUUCAACUAAAGAGCAGAGGAAGGACACAUAAAAGUGUGCGACAUUUCGGAACGGAACACGGCCGACGGGCUCCUAGCCGCUCUUCUUAUCACGACACUGCAACAAGGAAAAAGUAGCUAAGAGGACUCAGGAUACAAUUAAAUGACACUUUAACGGGGCGUCGGGUAAAAGAAAAGAGGAAGUGAGAACAAACCGCGCCUCUUCGUAGAUUUCUACACUUGGAAUUGAAGCAGUGGCUGCGGCAGGCUCCCACGGACACCAUGGUCCCUUUGAACAGAUGAGUGUGUGCAGCUAAACGUGGAGUCUCCUGAACUGAGCUGGAAUGACCUGUGUGCUCUAGACUGGGACUAACUGAGACUUUUGUGCGGUGCAGAACAUGGGGCAUCCUACUUUGGAGUUCAGUGCCUGUUAUCUGGACAGUCCAGACUUCAGGGAGACUCUGAAGUGUUAUGAGCUGGAGCUGGAGAGGACGAGCAAAUUCCUCAAAGAGUUGAUAAAGGAUGGAAACAGUGUGAUCACAGCCAUCAAGGCCUACUCUGUGGCUGUGCAGAAGUUUUCCCAGACUCUCAACUUAUUCCAGUUCGACUUCAUUGGCGACUCCCUGACAGAUGAUGAGAUUAACAUCGCUCAAUCAUUCCAGGAGUUUGCUGUGCUCCUGCAGGAUGUGGAGCACGACAGGAUGAUGUUGGUGCAGAAUGCCUCUGACCUGCUCAUUAAACCUCUGGAGAAGUUCAGAAAGGAGCAAAUCGGAGUCACAAAAGAAAAGAGGAAGAAGUUUGAGAAAGAGAGUGAAAAAUACUACUCCCAGUUAGACAAACACCUGAAUCUGUCUGCUAAGAAGAAAGAGAGUCAACUCCAGGAGGCUGACGAUCUACUUGAGAAAGAGCGAGUAAACUUCUAUGAGUCGUCUGUGGAGUACGUUUACCAGAUCCAUCAGGUUCAGGACCGGAAGAAGUUUGAUGUGGUGGAGCCUGUCCUGGCGUUUCUUCACAGCAUUUUGACGUUAAACAACCUGACAGUGGAGAUGACUCAGGACUUUAUGCCUUACAAACAGGAGCUGCAGCUCAGCUUGCAGAAUACAAGAAACAACUAUGAGAGCACCCGUGAGGAGCUGGAGGAGCUGAUGAAGAGAAUGACCAACCCCUUGCAGAUCUGUAAAAUGCACAGUUUUCUGCCCAUGGAGGGUUAUUUGUACUGUCAAGAGAAGUGGGCCUUGGGUGUCUCAUGGGUCAAAUACUACUGCAAGUAUCACAAAGAGGGUCGACUGCUGUUUAUGGUUCCCUGUGAACAAAAGACUACAACUAAACAGGGACCGACGCAGCUCACGCUCAAAUCCUGCAUCCGCCGGAAGACUGACUCCAUAGACAAGCGCUUUUGCUUUGACGUGGAAACUAUCGAGAGAAACUCACCCGUCACUUUCCAAGCCCUUUCAGAGGGAGACAGGAAGCUGUGGAUGGAGGCCAUGGAUGGAAAAGAACCCAUCUAUCAUUCCCCAAUUCACAAGCAAGCUGAAAUGGAGCUGAACGAAGUCGGAUUCAAGUUUGUGCGAAAAUGCAUCAACUACAUUGAAACUAGAGGAGUCACUCAAGAAGGAGUGUACAGAACUGUUGGCAGUAACAUUCAAGUGCAGAAGCUCUUAAAUUCCUUCUUUGACCCCACAAACCCAGGAGAUGUAGAUCUGCAGAGCAGUGACUGGGAUGUUAAAACCAUCACAAGUGCAUUGAAGUUUUAUUUAAGGAGUCUGUCUGAGCCCCUGAUGACCCAUGGUCUACACCGAGAACUCAUGUGUGCUGCAAAGUCAGAUAAUCUUGACUUUCGGCUGAGUGAAAUUCAUUCACUUACCUACAAACUUCCAGAGAAGAAUCGGGAAAUGCUGGAGAUGCUCAUUAAACACCUGGUCAAUGUGUGUAGUCACAGUGACGAAAACCUAAUGACUCCGUCAAACAUGGCGGUAAUCUUCGGACCAACAUUGAUGAGAGCAAAGGAGGAGACUGUGGCGGCCAUGUUGGACAUCAAGUUCCAAAAUAUUGUUGUGGAGAUUUUGAUUGAGGACUACAAAAAGAUUUUCAGUGGUUUGCCGGAGGACAGCACCGCCCGACCCGUCCCUCCUCCACGGAUCACGCCGAGGAAACGACAGCCAAUCACAAUCUCCAAGCGGCCUCUUCGUGCCUACCAAGCUGCUAGUCAGGACCACUUCCAGCACACCGAGAAUGGGCAGAAAGAUGGUUCUGUCCUGGACGGGGACACCUCCCAGAACCCUGUCCCCUUCCAGCGGACUAAACCGCUCCUUCCCAGAGAACCUCCUCCUCGGCAAGCGCUGAUGCCCAAACCGCCGAAUCGUCAGGAGAAACUUUCAGACUCUGACGACACGAGGAACAGGCCAGAUUCUGCUGCAGCGAAUGGGGAGUCUGGAGUCACUGUGAAUCGAGCCUCAUCCUUCCAGAACAGACGACCGCCUAAAGAGGGUGAAGGUCUGAGCAGAACGAGGUCAGCAGAGAAACCUGCCAUUUGCAGACCUCCAGUCAGGCCUCCUGAGCCCCCCUCUCGAGUCCCGGUUCCACAAAAGCUCCCGAGUGUAGGCAGCGGUGAGGCCUCUCCGACAUCCUAUGUUGCCUCUAAAACUAAGUUUUUUGAGAACGCCUCCAGGCAGGUUACCAGCCCGCCAACCUCUCCGACGUGUCCAGCGACAAAUGUAAAAAAAGAGAAUUCCACUUAGGAAGUGUUCGUCGGCCUCUCGUGACUUCUGCAUGUGCUGUACAUGUGCAUUAAGCUGGAGGGAGUCACCACUAAUGAACUCAGUUUUUGUCUCACAUGAAAGGUUCUCUAUAGAACCCAAAGGUUUGUUCCACCUCUCCAUAGUAAACAUUGUUAAAGGGCAACACGGUGGGAAAUUGACUUUUGAAUGAACUCUAAUGUUCUGUGUCUCAGUGUUUGAUCAUUAUUCCAAAGUUAGGAUGAGUGAUUCAAUGUAUAUUUCUAUUUGUUUGGUAUUAUUUGACAAUUUUGUCAAAUAAUUAUCCCGAUGUUAAGUCAUGUUCAGUGUUAAACAGGACCAUUUGGCCAUUUGUUGAGACUAACUGCUGUAACUGGUUAUGAUGCCUUAAUCUGACAUUUUUAACAGUUGAUAUUUUGCUGUAAGACAUAGAUGCACCAAAGAUGACUAACGGAUUAAACACACAUAAUGAUUCCCUUAUUCAUUUUCCACAUGGUUAUGAUUAAUCUAGGUUUCAUUUCUAAACUAGGAAGUAUCAUUUUAGACGGUAUGAAAACCCAGCUGCUGGGUGUUGGGAGACAAUUUUUAGUAAAAUGUACUGUUUUGAUUCUCAGCUGAGUCCAGGAACUAGAUUAAAGUAAAUGAAGUCAACAUCUUACAGUGUCUGUUUGCCUUAAAGCUAUUUGUUUAUUCCAGUUUAGUCUAAACUAGAUGAAAAGUGUUGAUAAUGUGCAGUAGUCAGUGGAGAUGCUUCUGUUGUUAAGCAAACUAGUCACUUUUAAUAAGGUCAGCGCAGCUUAAAUUUAACUAGUAUCAUUCCAUCAUCUCUGACCUCAAUGUCAAACUGUACCUGCUGUAGGUACAGCACGUUGUCCAGAACAGACCUUAAAGAUUCACUGAAAGGAAUUAAAUUAAAUCACAGGUCAAAUACUGUAUGCAACAGAACUGAUGGUUACAGUUUAUGAAAAUCACACUCCAGUGUUUUAUUUUUUACAGCUUUGUUCUUAAAAAUUCUAUUAUGUGAAUUUUCUUUUUUUUUUUUUUUGAAUAAUCCAACUUGAAUAUUCUGUUGUCUGUCUGGUUGGUUUUGUGUUAAAACAAAUAAACAUAAAGUGUCUGAA